AUGGAGGUUUCUCAGCAGCCAGUCCUUCACAUUGAGGCCCGCGUGAAAGCCGAUGGCAUCGUCGUUCGCACUGAUGUGAUUAGAGAUGAAAUAACCAAGUGGCUCGUCGAUCAUUUCGUGGUCUUGUCGCUGGGCCAGGAGAUCUCUUCGUUUGACGGUCUCAAAACGCCAUACGUACAUGCAAUUGAUUCCAUCACCGUCACAGAAUGCAAUGGAGGAGAUUCCGAAUCGGGAGCAUACCGACUCCAACAGGUCGAAUUGGAUGUACAGGCAUACCAGCUGCGACCCCAGUUCGACCAGGAGAGUUCGCAACAAACCCAGCAUCCGGAGGAACCAGCGAAUGAUGGUGACGAGAUACCGAAGGAGAGGGUGAUGGCUUUGCCGAAUAAUGAGUUGGACGGGCUGUGGGAGUCAUUGAAAUUUGACCAGCCUAUUCAGUUCAGUCUCCUACACGCACUGACGAGGCAAGUGCUUUUUUCUGCUCGGAAACUCAGCAAAUGGGUUAUCAACUGGAAUCGACUGGUGCUUCUAUGGGGCCCGCCUGGGACGGGCAAAACAAGUCUCUGUCGCGGUCUCUCCCAGAAGCUCGCAAUACGCCUCGGAAAGCUCUACCCCGAAAGCAAAUUGAUUGAAAUCAAUGCACACACUCUUGGAAGCAAGUUCUUCAACGAGAGUGGCAAGUUGGUGAACAAGACAUUUGAGAGCAUUGAGACGCUACUAGAGGAGGAAGAAGACACCUUCUUCUGCGUCCUUAUCGAUGAAGUAGAAACGCUGGCUGCUCGCAGGGAACGUGCGCUCAAUAGCAAUGAGCCGUUCGAUGCUGUCCGUGCCGUCAAUGCACUGCUUACCGGGUUGGAUCGCUUGAAAAGCCAUUCGAAUGUGGUGGUCGUCUGUACCAGCAACUUGGUCACAGCAUUGGCAAGCAUCUCUCUUUGCUCGCGUACUGACCCAGCCUUUCUUGACCGCAUCGACAUCAAACAGCACAUACCCCACUUAUCCGACAGGGCCAUUUACGAGAUCUACAAAGAAUGCCUCGAGGAGAUGAGCCGGCGGGAGAUCAUAGAGGGAGUUACCUUCGAUGUGAUCCAAGUCGAUCCGCAAGACCCACAAACAGCACUACAAUACGUGGAGCAGCCUGCGACGAAUCUCUUACUUCCCUCGUUCGAUGAGAUGAUCCUGAACUAUCAGAUCUUUUCCGACGCCGUUCCCAAGCUGCUGGCAGAUGCAGUUGCCGCGAGUGUGGGUCUCAGCGGUCGCACUAUUCGACGAUUGCCUGCAUUAUCGCUCGUCAUGUAUAGUAACCGCACCCGAAGCGACAUUCGAACGGCCAUCCAGGCCCUCCAGACGGGUAUCGCGUCGGAAAACCAGGCCAAGCCGGAGGCGCUCUAGGGACCACACAUUGCCGGGUGGAAGGGAAGUGGCCCGAUUUCGAAUGUCUGCACCACACAUGAGGAAAAUUCCUGUCGACGAGUUUAUACCGAAUGAAGGAGCAUAUUCUCUACUCCAUAGUCCAACUCCAUCCCCCAUACACAAGCUAGGGUAGAC